GACGGGAUGGGCCAGAUAUUUCCAUUUGGUCACGGGAAGACAACAGAGAACAGUGGAGAAGGAGAUGAAGCGAAGAGCUUGAGAGAGAAAACAGGAUACAAUAAAUAAAAGAGUCAUCUUUACAAAUCAAAAAAUAGAAGAAGCACCUGUAUGUCUGGCAGUGAGAUGUGGAUGUCCAGAUGUCUGUUGGUACUCUUAGGAACAGCCGUCUGUUCCAUACAAGACAGCCCACCCCAGCCACAAGAGAAUUUGGCAUUAAGAGGACAGGCUGUGCAGUCAUCCACAUAUGAACAGAUGGUAGCUGCAAUAGCCAUAGAUGGCAUUAAAUUCAAGCCUUAUACCCAUACAGUAUAUGAUUUUAAUCCAUGGUGGAGGCUGGAUCUUCUGGAUUCUUACUCUAUUAGCCGAGUGAUCAUCACUAACAGAGGAGACUGCUGUCCAGAACGACUCGACGGAGCCGAAAUUCUUAUAGGAAACUCUCUGGAGAACAACGGCAACAACAAUCCCAGAUGUGCUGUGUUAUAUAAUAUUACAGCAGUUGAGUCCUUUUCGGUCUCCUGUGGUGGUAUGGAGGGAAGAUAUGUGAAUGUGUUCAUUCCUGGACAUUCUAGGUUUCUCAGUCUGUCUGAAGUAGAGGUGUAUAAAACAGAUUUUAUAAGAAAAACCUUUGUUAGAAUGAAAUUUCUCUCCAGUGCCGAUACAGCUAACCCAACAGUGAGAAACACAGUUCUUAAUCAGCUCCGGUCGGUUCUGGCAUCCAGAGGGCUCUCUGAUGUCAAACUGUCCUGGACACAACUCCCACAGCCACUGAAACAGGCAGCAGAGCAGGGUACAUGUGUUGAAAAAUAUGUCACCUGAAUAAACAAAUUGUCUUUGAAGGGAAAAUAUUAUUUAUAUAAUUUUAUUUGGAAUAUUAUUAUAAUAAAUAUUAGUUUAGCUAUGUAUUUAGUAGUUUCUUGGUUUCUAGUAAUUAACAAAUUUUCUGUAAUUAUUCCAUCAACUAUGCCUGUAUUAUAAUUAUAACUAGAUAUAUUUGUGCAACAUACCUGUGGAGGCUAAAGAGUAGAAAAGCACUGAAGAGAAACUUUUUGACUUCUUGGACAAGCAACCACACAUGGUGAUUCACUUGUAGCCCCAAUGACAUUGUAUGUAAUUAGCCUCACAUAUGUGGAAUUUGACAUUGUCAGAGGUGGGUAGAGUAGCCAUAAACUGAACUCAAUUAGAAGUAAAAGAACUAACAUAAAUAAUUACUUGAGUAAGAGUAAGAAAGUAUCCAAUAAAAAGAGUACUCAAGAAGUAACUUGAGAAGUUACUCAAUGGAGUCUUAUGGAUUACUUUUAUGCAGACUUAUUUUAAUUUUUUUUAGCUUUAAAAUGUUGUCACCAUUCAGUUGCAUUAUAUGGACCAAAAGAGCUGAGAAAUUCUUCUAAAAAUAUUAAUUUGUGUUCUGCAGAAGAAAGAAAGUCAUACACAUCUGACAUGGCAUGAAGGUGAUUAAAUGAAGAGAAAUGUUUUAUUUUUGGGUGAACUAUCUCUUUAAGGGCUCUUGUCAGAUCUGGAUGAAUUUGUCUAUAAGAAGAGAGUUUUGAAAAACUUUCUAGUAAUUAUUACAUUGAAAAUGUGAAAAUGUCCCCCCACAGGGACAUUAUAUAUAAUGCUGAAAUAUAAUCCAAAGCAAGAUCGUGUUUUAUUUAUGCCUACUUUUGCCAUUUCAUAGCUUUUAAAAUCCUGCAUUGAUUCAGUGUAGUUACAGUUUUUAGUGUCACAAGUAUUUAGGUCAUUAGUUCUGUACAGCAGUACCGCCGCUCUCUAAAUGCAGAUUACACAGCCUGGGUAGGGCACAAACCCUGGACAUGCAACACUCGCUGUGUCUGAAACCACCCCUAUCCACUA